CAGGAUUUCAGCAGCGCCGAUGAACAGGGGCGCGGUCGCCGCCGAGUCGUACCGCUUCGUGCACGCCGACUGCGCAGCGCCGUCCAUCUUUCGCUCCGAGUACGUCCGGAACAACCGGUCCAGUGGCCACAAGAACGUUCGGUGCUUCCCGCAUUGCUGUGGCGCGCACCGCGACACGACGUUUUGCGGGUCGUCGAUCGCCAUUGAGGGCGGGCCGUCGCACAUUGUGUAUGGCCGCUUCGAAGAGGUCGACGACUCGGCGAAAGGCGACUCGCGCAUUGUGCCAGGCACGAUCGUACCGAUCGCCGACAUUGUCGCCAACGAGAAGAACUCGGCCAACCCGUUUGGCAUGUGGAUGCACGGCGUCAAGACCGGAAGCUCGGGCAUCACGUACGAGAUCAACCAGCAAAAGCAGUCGUGGCACUAUGGCUGGGUCUCGUCGCGCUUUAACUCGGAGACGCUGCACCACUUCAAGGUCUAUUUUUUUGAAAAGGUGAGCGCCGACCACUUUGUGUGCUGCGCGUCGCUGCCGUCGCCGCCCUUUUCGAUAUCGUCGAGCCGCAAGACGCGCAAGAAGACGUCCAAGGUCGUGAAAGCCAAGCCCGAGCCGCCAAGCGAAAUGCCCGUCGCCUUGAUAAGGACGUCGGUCGCUCCGCCGAGUCCGCACAUCAAGCCCGAGCCGGGACUGCCGGUGGCGCCGUCGCAGCCGCAACAUCCGCCGCAAGAACCGCAGUACCAGCAGCAACAGCAGAACCACCAACAACAACAGUACCAGCAGCAACAACACCAGCAGCACCAUCAGCUACAGCUACAGCACCAGCAGCUACAGCAGCAACACCAACUCCAGCAGCAGCAACAGCAGCAUGCGACCAACGGCGGCUACAUGCUCCGAAUGCCCGAACCGUCUGGGAGUCUCGUUGCCUUCCUAGAAGAUCGCUACGCGUCGUACCCGAGCCAGAAUCCGUACGCCAUGGAGACCUAUGCGAUGCAGUUUGAUGGCGGCCACCAGCGCCCGAGUACACACGGGCAGCACGCGCCGACGUACGCAUACGACGCCAACCCGUCGCAGUACCCGACGCACCACGCGCCCGCGUCACCCGUACCGUCGUCCGCACCGUCAUCGGCCUUUAGCUUUUCCAGCUUUCUCAACAAGAUGGAAACCAAAAGCUCGUUGCACUCAGAGCAGCUCACCGACACGUCGCGCAUGGACACGGACUCGGUCUGUCCGCGCAACCCGUCGCGACUGCUCUCGUUGCAGGACCUCACGGCGUCGACCAACAAGCGGAUGCGGCCCGACGAAGCCUGCGACGGCAACACGCGCCGGGACGCCCCGCACAUGCCGUCGUCGCCCGUACCGUCGUCUGCGUUUAGCUUUUCCAGCUUUAUGCGCCCUCCGCCGGGCACGGCGUCGGCACCGACGCCCGUGUCGCCCGUCGCAUCGUCCUGCGCAUUGAGCCUCACGAGCAUCCUCAAGCCGGCCCCGUCAUCGCCCGUCCCGUCCUCGAGCGCGUUUAGUUUUUCGAGCUUUCGACGACCGCAGGCGCCACCGUCGCCCGCACCGUCGACUGUACCGUCCUGCGCGUUCACCUUCUUCUCCGACAUCAUUGGUGUCGACGACAAGCAGUGCCCGGCCAAGAAGCGGGCGACGCGCUACGACUACUUUCAGCGGGCGCUGUGCUUGAGCGAGAUUCACCUGCUCAUCGCGUCGAUCGUCUCGUUCAGCGCAAACGACCUGGACUUCACCGAGGCCAAGGGCCCGCUCGGUGAGUUUUUCAUUUUCACGGAAGAGUGCGCGACCUUGCCGGUGGCCAAGUGCGCGCUCUCGGAAAGCGCGACGCUGCAGAGCUACGAAGAGACGCUCACGUUCUGCGUCAACUUGGUCCGGCACUCGUUCCGGACGGGCUUGAUUGGCCGGUUCCAGUCCUUUCUGCAUUCGAAAGCUCACUGCAUCUUCAAGCCCGAGCUGCUCGACCAAGCGUACAUUGACUUUAUCAAAUUCUGCGAAAACGAAGUCGAAACGUACGUGUUUCCGCGCAAAAACAUGCAGUGCGACGCGUUCCUGGACUACCUCAAGCGCAACUUGCCGCACGAAGUGGUCGCGCUUCUCCACCACGAGUCGGACGACAGCGUCGAGCCCGCGGGGUACUUUGAGCUCGUGACGCAGCUGCGUCAAGCGUACCAGUUUAAAAAGACCGAGGAGCACAACGAGUCGACGCGCGAUGAAGAAGGGUCCGAGCCCGAGGGCGCGAUCGACGCGACCUCCAUCACAGGCCGCUGGCGCCGAAAAGUGCCGCUCCCCGGAACGUACACGGUGGGCGCGAGCAGCAACAACCCAUCGUGGGUCUAUCGCGUCCUCGGUCUCAAGAUGAUGACAACGUGGAACUUUAUCGAGACUCAAACCGAGCUCCAGAUUGCGUUUGAAGAGAGCCUGAUCCCAAUGCGAACACCGUACCUGCUGACCGGCGACCCGAUGUUCUUGUCGUUUUCGCCCGUCGGACUCAGCAGCAACUACGCCUACGGCGGUCUCGUGCGCUCGGCCAUGUCAGGCAACUGGUCAGGCUACAAGGCGUGGCGCAACGAGCAAAACCACAUCGUCGUGAGCUGGUACAGCUGGCGCCGCGAGUCGAUGGGCCAGAGCUGCGUCCGCCGGCGCGUCAUCAAGUCGUUUUACCGGACGCCACUCGACCCGGACACGCUCGAGUGCCACACCAAGAUCGAGGUGGCGACGCAGCCCGAGGCCAACCUUGGCGAGCUCAGUGUCACGGAGCGCAUCAACUACCCCGGCGAGUGGCAAUGCCUCCACGACGAGAUGACGCAAUUCGUCCGGAUUCCUGGUCCGCGCAAGUAGCCGACGUACUACACCCUAGAAUAUACAGUCGUCGUCUGGUG